AUGGAUUUCAGCAGGUUUAAUGGCUCAGAAAGAAUGGCGCUGAAUCAAUACAUUCAGAAGAAGGAAAUGAAAGAUUUUAUGAAACUAUACUCAAAUUUAGUAUUCAACUGCUUUAACGACUGUUCAGAAGAUUUUACUAGCAGGACGUUAUCUACAAAUGAGAGAACAUGCUCAGAGAAUUGCGUAGGAAAGUUCUUGAAGCAUUCAGAGAGGAUAGGUGCACGGUUUAGUGAAUACAACGCAGAAAUGAUGAAUAAUAAAUGAAUAGAAUGUUAGCAACGUAUCUGUAUUGAUUUACAGUUUGUCUUUAGAAAUCAAUUCCAUUUAAUUGCUUUUUUAUUUUGUUUACUUUU